CACAGGUUAUACAUUUGAUAGCAUGAGAAUCAUACAAGCUCAUAGAUGCUUACGCGCUUAUCCUAUACAUAUUACGUACAUAAAUAACUUAGUAUAAUGGAUUUACAUUCAAGACAGUUAACGCUUGGAUCUGGAAUAAUGCCAUCUGUUGGCCUCGGAACUUUCACAUUCUUCGGAAAACAUGGAAGCCCAGAUGAAAUGGAAUCCGCUGUAGGUCUUGCCAUUGAUGCUGGAUAUCGCCAUUUCGAUUGCGCAUGGGUGUAUGGAACGCAAGGAGUAGUUGGUAGAAUGUUGGAGAAGAAAAUAAAUGAAGGUGUCAUUGAGCGGGAAGAUGUUUUCAUUACUACAAAGUUAUGGAAUACGCAUCACAACCCGAAACUCGUAUUGGGAGAAUUGAAGGAGUCGUUGAACCAACUACGGACAAACUAUGUCGACAUGUUUCUAAUGCAUUAUCCAACGGGACAAAGGGACCAGGGUUUCAGCGGAGAAUUAGCCUUGUCAACAGACACGAAAGAUUAUGAAUGCUACCCACUAGAGGAUGUUUGGAAAGAGAUGGAAAGAUGUCAUCAGUUAGGAUUAACAAAGAAUAUUGGAUUGUCAAACUUCACCAUUGAUCAAACGAAAAUAAUAUUUGACUGCUGCACCAUAAAGCCGUCCAACAUUCAGAUUGAGGUCACACCUUAUUUCCUCAACGAGCGAUUGGUUAAGUUUUGUAUAGGCAGAGGAAUGACUGUGACAUCGUAUUGCCCAUUAGGUAGCCCUACACAUCCAGUGAGAUUAGCGGGAGAAAAAGGUCCUCUUGAAGACCCUGUUCUCAUGGAAAUGUCCAAAGAAAAAGGGAAAUCUGUAGCACAGAUUAUUCUUCGGUUUCUCAUACAGUAUGGAACCUCCGUGAUUCCCAAAAGUGUCACUCCAUCUAGAAUCAAAGAAAAUAUAAAUGUGUUUGACUUCGAGUUGACAGAAAAAGAAAUGCAGUCGAUAAAAUCUUUAAAUAAAAACAAAAGACUUUACAACGAGAUAAGGUUGAAACAUCACCCGGAAUAUCCGUUCGACGCACCUUUGUAAACUUCGUUUAUGGCAUUGGGCAAAUUUACUGCUGGAAAAACUUCUGAAUUUAUACAAUAACGAAGAUUCGCCGGCCGAGGUUAAGAUCUUUAUCUUUUUGCUCUGCCAUGAAAAGAGGGGUAUUAUAUUGUAAUGUGAGCAGCUUUUAUGUGUAUAUGUGCAAUAAAUAACUGCGUGUCAAUGAUAAACAUCAGCAUAUAUUAUGAUUUCAAAAUAUGUUGGUUCAAAUGACCACCUUAAGUUGGUUUAUAAUGUUAUAGUUCAAAACAAACGAUUCAAAGGCAAAUGUCUUAGCAGGAUAAAGCUUUGUGUCUUUGUUGCAGCUGCUAUACAUUAAUCGAUUUCAUUAUAAAUUCAUCAAAGUUAUGAGAUUUAAACAUUUAAUAUUUUUCACUUAUUUGUAAGUGCUGUUAUUGUUCGUGUCCGGUUUUACACUUCAGCAUGUAUGGUGAGUUUUGCGAUAAACUUAGUUCACACGAGUACCAUAAUUAAAGGAUGAAUUGCGUGCAAAACUCUUGCCAAAACGUAGGAAUUUUGUUGUUUUUUUUCUAAAUAUUCUGAAGUGCAGUUUGUGGUCAUUAGUAGAUGAUAAGUUGAAUCCAAAACCAAUGGCAUUAUGUUAAAAGUGAAAGUAAUUUGAAGGGAAUAUUGAUUCUAUCAUAUAAGAAAAAUUAAUAUGCUUUUUUAUCUGUUGCAUAUGUAAAAUAAAGAAAAUAGAAUGUUA